CUGGCUAUUUUCUCAGCCGAUGGUUUUGACCGAACACAAUAAAUACACCAGCGAGAAAAAAUAAGACUCUUAUGCCAAUCCAAGGCAAAAUAUAAUUAAAAAUAUUAUUCACAAGGAUUUCAAGAUUUAGAUGCUCCAGCUUGGGGAACCAUCGUAGAGAUGCGAUGGUUGAGAGAUGGGCAGGUUUUGCCCACUCUAGUUUUGUGAAACUACUGUUACUGGUCACCUUGCUUGCCAAUCAAAGUUAUGCAGAAAAAGCAACAAAUGAUAGAUACUUUACGAAUGGCUGGGCCAUUAAAGUUCCUGAACCAGGAGGAUUACAGAAGGCAAAGGAAAUUGCAAAAAGACAUGGGUUCGAGAAAGUAAGCAAGGUUGGUACAGUAGAUGGGUUCUAUCACCUUGAACACCCGAAACAUCCCAGAAGAUCACGAAGGAGCGCGGAAGACAGAACAGGACGACUUGAGAAAGAAAAUAAUAUACUUUGGGUAGAGCAGCAAUAUGAGAUUGUUAGAAAGAAGCGAGGAUAUCACCAUCAAAGAGUUGUAGCUAGAGGUAUCAAUCCGAGAUUUGCAGAUCCUCUGUGGGAUGAGCAAUGGUAUCUGGAUGACAAGAGAAAUGCACUUGAUCUGGAUAUCAACGUCAUUCCGAUUUGGAAUCAAGGAAUAACAGGAAAAGGAGUAGUUGUUACAAUUUUAGAUGACGGUAUUGAACAUAAUCACACUGACAUUGUUAAAAAUUACGAUCCAGCCGCCAGCUGGGAUGUUAAUGAUAAUGAUCCUGACCCUUUUCCGAGAUAUGAUCCUACUAACGAAAACAAGCACGGAACCCGCUGUGCGGGUGAAGUAGCUGCGGAGGCAAAUAACAGUAAAUGUGGUGUUGGAGUUGCAUUUAAUGCAAGAAUCGGUGGAGUUCGUAUGCUUGAUGGAAGAGUUACGGAUCGCGUUGAAGCUGAGUCUCUAAGCUUGAACCCACAGUACAUCGACAUAUACAGCGCAAGCUGGGGACCUAGUGACGAUGGGAUGACAGUAGAAGGGCCUGGGACCCUUGCGUCAGCAGCGUUUGCAAACGGCAUCGCAAAGGGACGAGGGGGCCUGGGCUCUAUUUACGUAUGGGCAUCUGGAAACGGAGGUCGACACGACGACAGCUGUAACUGUGAUGGUUACACAGCCAGUAUAUAUACUUUGUCUAUAAGCUCGAGCUCAGAUCACGGAGAAAGUCCUUGGUACAGCGAGGCUUGUGCAUCGACAUUGGCUACUACGCUGAGCAGUGGUGCUCACGGAGAAAAGAGAAUAGUAACUACGGAUCUUCAUAACCUUUGCACAGAGAGACACACUGGCACAUCAGCAUCGGCACCUUUGGCAGCAGGGAUCAUUGCUCUAGCUCUUCAAAGAAAUCCAAAACUGACGUGGCGUGAUGUGCAACAUAUCGUGGUAACAAGCGCCGACUGGCAACCUUUGAAGCAUGAUACUGACUGGCGGAUGAAUGGUGUAGGGUUCCAUGUAAACGAGAAGUUUGGUUUUGGAUUGUUAAACGCGGAGAGAAUCGUAACUGCAGCCGACCCAAAGACGUGGAAAAAUGUACCGGAGAGCAGAGAGUGUCGCGGGAAAAGCUUUUCAGAUGCAAAAGCUUUGCGGUGGAAUCAGCCUCUUACUGUCGAGAUUGAAACCGAUGGAUGCCUCGGUACAAAAAAUGAAAUUCGUUAUCUAGAGCACGUGCAACUGGUUCUUACGCUUGACUACAGUAGAAGAGGAGACCUGACCAUCAUACUGACAACACCAAUGGGAACCAAGUCCAUUCUGCUACCAACAAGAUCUGAAGACUCAUCUGACGAGGGUUUUAAAAAAUGGCCUUUCAUGACAACACACGCAUGGGGAGAGGACCCUAGAGGAAAGUGGACUUUGGAGAUUCACGAUGCAGGCGAUGCCCGUGCCAAUACUGGUACUCUAAGAGACUGGCAAUUGGUGCUUUACGGAACCAAGCAAAAGCCGAAUUAUUUGAAAGUUUCCCAUCCCGAUAUCCCAAUUCACAGAAAAGCAGUCAAUGACGACACCAAAUCGAUCCAGGGACAUCAACAGCCAUCAGUGACAAUCACAAAAGUCACUUAUACUUUUGGCUCUAGACCUUUGUCUCAGUCACAGUCUCAUCCUAAUCAAGCAGCACCUGGACAAAGUCUUCCCCAAGGCCUACCAGACCUUCCUACAAUAGUCCCUCUUAAUAACAUUAUACCAAAGAAAGCAAUACAAAGUAUAGGACAGCCUACGCACAUUAUUGACAACCUGCUAGCCUCGUCUGUCAACUCUCUGCCUCGGUUCCAAAACCCAGCAUUUCAGCAAGCGGCGCCGAAUUACGGUAGCCUUGGUGUUACGCGUCCACAAAAUUUCCAAGGGGCAGGAUUUAGCGAGAGUCCAUUUCCUCUGAUGCAGACUCGUAGUAGCAUCCCAUAUAAUAACUAUAUGAAACGCUUCAACCAAAGAAACUACCAGUCACAAAGCAUUACUAAUUACUAUUUAAGACAAGGACAACAUCAAAACCAAAGAUCACCGAUUGCCUAUCCUUAUAAAUGGAGGCAAGCCUCUGCUGGGAUGAAAGUGAUGUCGGACCCUCGUGCACCAUUUUGGGACUAUUUUGGACGGACCUUUAAUAAGCGCUCUCUGAAAAAUUCAGAGAAAAUUAAAGACAAAGAAUACCCUCAGAGUGUUAAUAGUCUAAUGCGAACAGUAAAAAAAGGCAAUCUUAAAUACACGUAGUAUUUAUAAAUAUGUAGAAUUUUUAAAUUAAAUUGGCAUGAUUAUUAUUCUCUUUAACCACAGGUUUUAUUUGACUCAAAAUAACGGCAUUCAGUUUUUCAUAAUAGAAAGGGAAUGAUGAAUAUUACAAGAAAAUUAAAACUGCUAGGAUAUCGUUGAUCAGCUUUUAUACUCCUUAAUAUCAGAAAUGGACUCUUUCUCAUAUUUGUAUUCAAGUUGAAAAUGCCCAAUUCGGCCUGACUUACUUAGCUUUACUCUUGCACCAGUUUUUUGCAUAGGUAACGAGAAAACAUGGAAAUCAAUUUACAAUCGAAGGAUUUUGAUUUGUAUAUGAUAAUUUGCUUCAAAGUAAAACUGAAUGUCUGUUGUUUGGGUGAUUGGGUAAGAAAUAUUUUUAAAUUUGAGUUUAAAUUAGAAGUGGAGCUGGGCCUUGCUUUUACAGCCAGCCUGAAAGCAGUUGCUAGAAAUCACCUGUCACUUAAACAACAUGUCCCAUCUUCUGGUGCUAUAUUUUCUUCUGGUUCAAUCCUGUAAAUAUUCCUACUGCACGAGAAGUCAUUAACAAAAUCCGAGCUGGCAUAAAUUUAAUGUAUCUACCUUGUGAUUAUGAGCUGUCUCUUUUUCUUUAUCGGCCGUCAAUCAUUUAACCAUUUUUAUCGUGAUGAAGAUAUCGCGAUGAAGAUCUUUCACAAUUAAAAUACCUGUAAGUGAUGAAAUGCCGACUUAUAAAAUAAUUGAUAUUGUAUUUACUAAACCUGGCACUUUAACUCUAAAAUACUGCUUAAGUUGACAUCUCUUUAUCAAUGAUUACGUGAUGGGUACAAAAAAUAUUACUAAAUGGUGGAAAUUUUAGGCCCCUAACACAAGCCACAAACUACACAUGAACUAAUAAUGACAGGAUGAAAAGAAACGGUAUGUCAAAACCUGCAUUCGAUUUUUCCGAGAUAAUGAAAAAGGUAAUUUAUCGAAAAAAGCUCAACUUAAAAUCUAUUAAAUUCGAAAUAUCCUUUUUUUGGUUAAGCCUUUAACAUGACAUUUACUUUUUUGGGUUUCAAGGGACGAUUAGUAAAUUUGGUAAAUUUUUGUAAAAUUAUGGACUGAUUUUUGUCAUCA